AUGAAAAACAUUUCUGAUUCUUUAAUGGAAAAGCAGGACCGCAUUGAACAUGAAGUAAGCAAGAACAACUGGACUAAAAUAACUGUCUGGUCCAAGAGAGAAGAGCAUUUGGCUUAUGCUGAGAUUUCUGUGCUCGGCAUCAUUUUCAUUGCGGCCACAGCUGGAAAUUUUAUCCUGAUUUUUACUUUGUGGAACAGAAGAAAGAAGCUGUCUCGCAUGUAUGUGUUUAUGCUUCACUUAAGCUUGGCUGACCUAGUUGUGGCAUUUUUUCAAGUUCUCCCUCAGCUGAUUUGGGACAUUACAGAUGUUUUUAUGGGACCUGAUCCAUUAUGUCGGACUAUUAAAUAUUUGCAACUGGUUGGAAUGUUUGCUUCCACGUAUAUGAUCGUUGUGAUGACUUUGGACAGGUUUCAAGCAAUAUGCUACCCCAUGGUGACAUUUCAGAAAACACGAGCUCUGUGGAACUCUGCAAUCUGCACAAGCUGGUCAAUCUCUCUCAUUUUUAGUGUUCCCCAGGCUUUUAUUUUUUCCAAAACAGAGAUUGCUCCUGGCAUAUAUGAGUGUUGGGCUCAGUUCAUGGAACCUUGGGGCUUAGUGGCGUAUGUCACCUGGAUUUCUAUCACUAUAUUUUUUAUUCCAGUUACUAUUCUUAGUAUAUGCCAGAUCAAAACCUGCUGGGAGAUAAAAAUGAAUGCCUUUGUGGGGUUUCCAGUUCGUGAUCCACAAAUAGGAAUAUCCAGGGCAAGUAGUGUUAACUGCAUAUCCAAAGCCAUGAUUAAGAAUGUGAGAAUGACUGUAGUGACAGUUGUCUCUUAUGUUACAUGUUGGACACCAUUCUUCAUCGCUCAGAUGUGGGCUGCAUGGUCUACUGAUAUUCCAGAUGGCCCUGUAUUCACAAUUGUAAUGCUUCUGGGAAACCUGAACAGCUGCGUCAACCCCUGGAUAUAUAUGUAUUUCUGUGGUCACAUUUCACAUGGCAUUAAAGAGUUAACACGUAUCUCCAAAUAUAGCUCAAAUCAACCGGCAUUUCCAGUCUCAGGAAGCAUCAUCAACUGCAGACUUAGAUUUUGUGAAGAGCCAGUUACCUAUGUAUAA